AUGUCCACUCUUAAGGAACUCAACGGCCGCCUCACCGCCCAGCCUUACGUGUCCGGCUUCACCCCAAGCCAAGAGGACGCGCGCAUCUUCGCCGAGAUGUUCGGCUCCCGCACCGCCGUGAUUGAGUGGGCCGCCCGCAUGGCCGCGUACUAUCAAGCGGAGCGCGACGAACUCGCCGGCGCUGCGUCCUCAUCAAAGAAGGCCGCCGCUGCAGAAGAGGAUGAAGACAUUGAUCUCUUUGGUGAGGUCACAGAGGAGGAAAAGGCCGCACUCGAGGCAAAGAAGAAGAAGGACGCUGAUGCCAAGAAGGCCAAGAAGGUGGUCAUUGCCAAGUCUUCUAUUCUCUUCGACGUGAAGCCAUGGGAUGAUACAGUCGAUCUGGAAGCACUCGCCCAGAAGUUACAUGCUGUGAAGCGCGACGGUCUUCUUUGGGGUGACCACAAACUUGUUCCAGUGGCGUUUGGCCUGAAGAAGCUUCAGCAGCUGAUUGUCAUUGAGGACGACAAGGUUUCUGGUGAUGACCUCGAGGAUCUUAUCAUGUCAUUUGAGAACGAGGUGCAGUCUAUGGACAUCGUCGCCUGGAAUAAGAUUUAA